AUGCCGAAGCGUAUAUAUACAAAAAGUAGUAGAUAUAAGAGAAGAUUGCUUAGCGACACUAUUGAGCAGAGCGAGAUAGUGGAGCACACUAGCUGCCUCGGACACCAUCUCGCUCUGCUCGAUAGUGGUGAUUGUAAACCAUCAUUGUCACUACCUGCGACCAAACGGGUCAAUGGCAAUGGCAAUAGAACCACCGCCACCGCCAAUAGAGGUGGUGGUGGCGGUAAUAGAGGUGGUGGUAGCAAUGUAAGUUUUGAAGAGCGAUAUCGUAAAAUUGGUAAUGGAAAAGAGAUGCAUUUUGCCGAUUCUGUUGUUAUGAAACAACAGGAUCCAGCUUAUACUUGGUAUUCAAUUCCACCUUGUAAUGGAUUAGACCAAAUAAAAGCUCAAGAGCCAAAACGAGUUUUGUCCUUGAGAAAUUUGUGUUUACGGCACAUUUCCAAAUAUAGCACUGGUAUCAAUCUGGAAGUUUUGCAAACUCUCCCAUGGCGGUUUUGGAAGGACAUUUGGCUUUGCAUCUUGAAAGAUAACAUGGACUCGUUUGACCUUUAUUUGGAAUUUGCCGAAUUUUUUUCUCAUUUCCCAGACUUUCAAAGUCACUUGGUCCCCCAUAUCCAUGCUUGUACAAGCCGCGAUUUUGCAAUUGCAAAAUCGAAAAUACCUCGAUCGAGGUUGCAUAGACUAGAGACGAUUUACGAAAAUAUUUCAAUCAAUGAUUUUUUGAGAAAAUUGCAAAGGGCAAAAGCUCUAGUGUUUUUGGAAAUUGUCGAGACUCAUUGGAGUAGAGAAGAUUAUUUCAAACUAUUCAGUGUACCAAAUCUUUGUUGUUUGAGUUUAUAUGUCAAUAUUGAUGACUUGUUUUUACAUAACUUGGGCUCUUGCAUCAAUGUUGGGCAGUUGAGUAAACUAACAUUUCUUAAAAUCAAAAGCACAAAAGUUACCAACAAAGGUAUCGUACGAUUUAUUAGAGCAAUUGAAAGACCGCCUUAUAAUUUAAAGUGUCUUCUUGUUGAGCACAAAUUUAACGAGAAAGGAUGGACCUUACUUGAUAUCGAAUAUAAAAGUACAAUACUGAAUUUCCAAAUUGGGCGUGCUCUUCAUUCAUUGCAAGAGCAGGGAUUAAUAGAUCCCGGUUUCAAACUUCACCAAUCAAAAAUAGUUGAUGUAAUGGUCCUUACCGGUACUUCUUUCGAAUCGGCAAACAACUUCAAUUUAUCAUGGCAGAGGAGAAAUAAUAUAGGCCAAAUCGGUAAAAAGGGUUAUCUUUACAUCCGCCGUAACCACAAAUCCAUUAUUGAAACUGAUUCCUCUAGUUGCAAAGCAAAAAACAAACCCAUUCUCAAAAAGAAGUUAAUGAUCGAGACUGAUGCUAAAACAUUCUUUGGUAUGUAA